AUGCACAUGGGUACUGACUCAAUGGCCAACAACCCCUCAACCCUCAUGCUCCGGAGGGGAUCGGUCGAGUCGAUAGCCAUGUCCCUCCACAGCCUCAACAACGGCCCCUCGUCAACCCACCUACUCCGACGAGGAUCUGUCGAGUCGAUGACCAUGUCCCUCCAUGACUACGAGCGCCCGAACGUAUCAUCGUCCAACAACUGGGCGAUACCUACGAACAACAGCGACCGUCGGACGUCCACCUCCGAUCGAUCCAUGGACGAGAUGGAAGUCGUCGUUGUGUCCUCUUCCCGGAACGGCGAAUCCCUCGCGUCCUCUGUUCACCCUUUUGCUCACCAACCCCACAACAUUGAUAACGACGAAAGUGAGAGUGAGGAGGCACCAGCAGCCCUUAGCGACCGCUUUGGUCCGAGAUCCAUGCAACAGCAACACAAGAAAACACCUUCGCUCUCACCGUCGAUGAUGGCCCAUUUCUCUCAGAUCGAAAAGGUGACAUCCUCAGUGUCGGCGAGCAAGACCAAGAGCUCUCUUGGUCAGGGUUAUGAUAUCUCGACCAUGUUCCAAGUUGGUCCUCGCCUUACCCCUUCCUCUCCUAUGGCAUAA